AUGGUAGGAGCGCUAGCGUCUGCAAGUGCCAUUCCGUCGGCGAACGGAGGUCUUUUUGAGCUCUUGCACUUGAUCGCCCAGGGGCAAUUCAUCACGCUUCUUGGCUCGCUUAACCUGGAGGGCGUUCCUGUGUUCUUCGUCGAGUUCUGUGCGAAGUUUAGCUGGACAAACCUUCAGAUUUUCCCUUCAAGCUCGUUGGCGGAGUCCUCGAGCCGCGCAACAAUGAGGCAGCGCCUGCUGUCAAGCGGUGGGACGGACUCGAGUUUGGGCGGUGUGAGUCGAUACGCCAACACGCUUGGCGUGAACCCGGACUACCUGUUCUACUACACAUUACUGGCCUUGCUGGUGGUGUGCGGGCUGCUGAUAGCGCUCUAUUUUGCAGCUCGGUUGGCACUGCGAGUGUUCAAGAAGGAGAGCACCCCGCUGGCUCAAAUGCUGGACGACCGCACCGUGUGGGUGAGCAUCCAGUUGCUGCUGCUGCUCCAGUACUCGUUGGCCAUGACGGCGUGCUUUCAGAUCUCGUACUCGGUUCGGGACAAGCGGGCCACCGGGGGCUUGAUCUUGGCUCUUGUCGUGCUCGCCACCUCCUGCUUCGGGUUGGCAGCGUUCGGCGUGUUCGUACUCACUCGCUACGUGAACGAGCUGGCCGAUCACGGGACGGAAGAGCACGAGAAGAAGCCGUUCAACCACCGCUACGGCUCCUUCUACCAGGACUUCACCACGGAGAACCGCUACUUCUUCGUGGCCAAAAUGGCGCUGGACGUCGCCUCCGGAGCGGUGGUCGGCGCGGGGAGCGACCCGAUGGUGCAGCUCGGUCUGCUCGUGGCUUUCAACGCCGUGUUCAUCGUCGCUACAGUCGUGCGACGCCCUUACUUGCUUCGCGUGUUCUACGUGAUCGGGCUGCUAACCGCGUACUUGCGCGUCCGGGUGCGCGAUUUGAUCUCCCAGAUCAUCAUCUGCGUGAACGCUCUCGUGUUGCUCUGUCUGUUCGCGCGCGUGGGCUACGUGGCGGUGAAGGCGCUGACCAAGUGGCUCCAGAGCAGGAAGGAGGCGCGCCCCACCAGCAACGAGAGCGUCAACUCGGAAGACCUGCUCACCGUUGAAGGUGGCGUCGCCGCCCGCGUCUCCUCUCUACGGCGCCAGCCGCAAUCCCCACCCGCAGACGACACUCCGCCUAGCGCGCAGGCUUACCACCAAACAACCGACACUUUCGCCUCGAGCUACUGGGACCGCGCGAGACGCAGCGACGCGCGAAUCGUAUAA